AUGGUUCAGAGUGAUUGGGUCGAUACAAUAAGAAAUCGUCAAAUAGCAUCCGUGAAGCAGUUGCUAAAUUUAAAUCAACCAGUAUCGUUUUCGUUGGCGACUGAACCAGUAUGGAAAAUUUUGAUACUCGAUCGUUAUGGUCAAGAUAUUAUAUCGCCACUAUUAUCCGUUAAGCAGCUGAGAGACCUCGGUGUUACUCUUCACUUAUUACUCGAUACUCGUCGAGAAGCGUUACCAGAUGUACCGGCCGUUUAUUUCUUCACACCAAACGAUGAAAAUGUGCAGUUAAUAUGCGACGAUUUGAGUAAACGAAUUUACGAAAGUUUUUAUUUGAAUGCAAUAAAUCCUAUAAGCAGACCACGUCUUGAAAAAUUAGCAACUGUAGCUGUGCAGAGUGGAGCAGUACAACAAGUUCAAAAGGUUGUCGACCAGUUUCUUAGUUUUAUAUCUUUGGAUGAUGAUUUAUUCGUUCUUCGCAGAUAUAACGAAAAUAGUCCUUUUUCAUUUUUUGCAAUCAGUGAUCCUUCUACGACUAAUCAGCAAAUGGAAGAUUUAAUAGAUCGAGUCGUUGAUGGUCUUUUUUCCGUUUGUGCCACGCUUAGUGUUGUUCCAGUAAUUCGUUGUUUCAGAGAUAACGCUGCAGAGCAAGUGGCAAUGCGAUUGGAUCAAAAAAUCCGUGAAAACUUGCGAGAUGCCCGUAACAAUUUGUUUGCUCAGGAAAAUGUUCGUGCUAGUAUGCUAAAUCUCCAUAGACCAUUGUUAUUUAUCGCCGAUAGGGCAAUUGAUCUCGCCACAAUGUUGCAUCAUACCUGGACUUAUCAGGCUCUGAUACACGAUCUUUUAGAUUUGGAUCAAAAUCGCGUGGUUACUGUAGAUGCAUCAGGUAAGAAAAAGGAGUAUGAUAUGAUUAUGGAGGAUAAAUUGUGGUUGGAACAUAGAGGCAGUCCAUUUCCACUCGUUGCUGAAGCUAUUCAACAGGAAGUUGAAGCGUAUAAAAAUAGUGGAGAUGAAAUUACGCGGUUAAAAUAUUCUAUGGGAGUGGACGAUGAAACAGUGCGACUGCUUACUGAUGCAACUGCAAAUUUACCAGAUUUAUUGGGAAAAAAACGUUUGAUCGAUAUGCACACUAAUAUUGCAACUGUUAUACUGGAUCAAAUUAAGCAACGCAAAUUGGAUAUACUUUUUGAAGCUGAGGAAAAGAUAAUGAAUAAUCAAGCCAGUAGUACCCAAUUAAUUGAACUAAUGCGAAAUUGCACUGGGGAAGAUGCUUUGCGUGUUAUGAUGAUUAGUUAUUUAUGUUCAUCUAAUGUGAAUGAGGCUGAUAUUCAAGAACAACUCAAAUAUUUGAAGGAAAUAGGAAUUGAUGAUUCUGCUGUGAAAUUCAUAAAACAGUUAAAAAGUGUUUCGAGUAUGAAUCGGAUAACCGGUGAUUAUUCUGGAGCUGGCACGAAAACGGAUAGUAUGUUCUCAAAUUUAUUGAAUAGAGGUUCUCAGUUAUUUAUGGAAGGUGUAAAAAAUCUUGUCCCAAAAAAACAUAAUUUACCUCUUACAAAGAUGCUUGAUUCUAUCUUAUCUGGUACGUCACAAGGAGGCACUCGAUCUUUUGAUGACGAAACUAAAUAUUUUGACCCCAAAUUAAUGUAUUCAAAUAAAGAAAGUCGAAUGGGCUCAAAUGUGCAAGACGUAAUCGUGUUUGUAAUUGGUGGUGGAAACUAUGUUGAAUACCAUAAUAUAGUGGAAUAUAGUAAAUCAAAAGGAUUGGCUAGAAUAACAUAUGGUUGCACAGAGCUCGUUACUCCAAAACAAUUCGCUGAUCAGGUAAUUCGUUUUGAAAAUGGUCUUAAGAUAAUCUAUAAUCUUUUAUUAUUUUAG